AUCAAGACGCAUGCCACAUUGCCUCUAUGUGGGCACUUUAACAGAUCUUUCGGGGUUUUUUUCCCAGUAAGGGGGCUGUGGAGGGAGGACUUUUUUUUAUUUUCAUUGUCCGAUGACUGUUUGCACGGCUGAUUAUUGAGUUGAUUGUUUAUUAUUUUGGCUGCUCGUCGCCCUGCGCGUCGUUUUUUCCUCUUUUUUUUGGAAUCGGCGACCCAACGCGCGCUCACCCAUGUCCUAUCCUCAGGGUUACCUCUACCAGCCCCCGGGCUCUCUGGCUCUUUAUUCGUGUCCAGCAUACGGGGCCUCGGCUCUGGCUGCCCCGCGGAAUGAAGACUUGGCGAGAUCGUCCUCUGGCUCAGCCUUCAGUCCUUACCCUGGAUCGGCUGCUUUCUCCGCCUCGGCCGGUGCAGGCUUCUCCAGCCCGCUGUCAUACUCCACGGAUCCAACUACGGGAUUCCCAUCCUACAUGAGCUCUCCAUAUGACGCGCACACAUCGGGCAUGGCCGGGGCAUUGAGUUACCACCCAUACGGGAGUCCAGGGUACCCCUACCAACUCAACGACCCGGCUUACCGCAAAAACGCAACCAGGGACGCCACGGCCACCAUGAAGGCCUGGCUGCAGGAGCACCGGAAGAACCCGUACCCGACUAAAGGGGAGAAGAUCAUGCUGGCCAUCAUCACCAAGAUGACCCUGACGCAGGUCUCCACAUGGUUCGCCAACGCCAGGCGGAGGCUCAAGAAGGAGAACAAGAUGACAUGGGCGCCCAGGAAUAAGAGCGAAGACGAGGACGAGGAGGACGGGGACGGAGAGAGGAAAGAAGUGGAUCGCUCUGAAAAAACGCUGGAUAACAGCGAGGCUUCAGCGGAGGAUGAAGGUAUCAGCUUGCACGUCGACAUUCUGACGGACCACUCGUGCUCUGCAGAGUCUGACGGGGAGAAGGUCAGCUGUCGUGGGGGGGAACUGGGCUCUGACCGGGCCGGCGACAAGUGCGAGGAGGACGGCGAGGAGCAGAACCACGACAGGCGGGCUCAGCUUUCACCCAUAUCCGUCACAUCGUCGCCUCUCACGGGAGUAGAAGCUCCACUCCUCAGUCAUCACCACCACCACCUCCAUCAUCUCCACCAACUCCACAGUCAGCGCGAGGAUUUGGCCCGCAGCCUCAUCAAUAUCAACACUAUCAACACCAAUAAAUCGUCUCCUUGCCUUGAUAGCAGACCUUCUUCGGGGGCGCCUCAGAACCCCACAGUCAAGCCCAAAUUAUGGUCGCUGGCGGAAAUUGCUACCUCGGACCAAAAGCAGCAUCACCAGCAACAUGUGCAGCCCGGACAACCGAACUGCCCCUCCUCCAGCGGUGGCCUCCUUACCCCCCCUACGUCUUCCACCACCUCCCCGGCUGCCAGUUCCCCCUCCCUCUACCCAGCCCCCUCCAUCCUUGGAAGACCUAUUUAUUACACUUCUCCCUUUUAUAGCAAUUACACAAACUAUGGCAACUUCAGCCCCCUGCAGGGCCAAGGGAUCCUGCGGUAUACUAAUUCAUCCGGAGUGAGUCUGGCUGCUGCCGCCGCCGUCGCUGCUGCAAACGAGGGUCUGAGCUCCUCUCACCACGCUGUGGAGGCCAGCACUAACCCCAAACACAGGCCAGACUCCCCCCUCGUUAAAAAUAACCCAAACCACAUUGUUGUUGUCGAGCCACAACAGCUUUUCCGACCCGCACAUUUAGAAGCAAAGAAAGGUACGUAAUUACACGUUUCGCCACGCUCUUAAAACAAACAAUAACCAUUUUAAAGACUAAUUUAAUCUGGUGUUAAAAUCUUGAGAUUGUAUUUGUUUUAAACGUGGGAGGGAAACCGCUCCACGGCCGAGGUAAAAGGAGUUCACUUGUUUGCAAUGCAAAUUAACUGGUUUCCUUUGUGACACUUCAAUGUGUCAUAGUAGCCUAGUCAAACCGUAGGUUGACUGUUUUGGAUAAAAUUAAGAUUAUUUUCAAGCAUGAGACAUAGCCUACGUGGCAUUUUCUGACACUAUUGGCAGAUUACGAUUAAUACGGUUUUAGGACCUAAUAUGAGACUAAAUUACUUUUUAAUAUGGAUAUUUUACAACGCUGUCUAACCAUACCGACGUGUAUUGUGGCCUAUAAUUAGUGUUCGACGCAGUGUAUUUUCUGAAAUAAUAAGUUAAUUAUUCAACUUUUUUUUACAACACAACGUGUACUUUUGUUCUUCUGUUAAAUCAUCUAUAGUAUUGCAUUGGAAGACAGUGGGGAUAUGAAAAAAUGCGCAGAAGUAGCCUACACAUAGGCUACAUAUAGAGACGUUAAACAUCACCCCAUUAAGGACAGACCUCAGAUCAGCCUAACCACGUGCACACGCAAACACACACACGCGCGCGCACACACACACCACACAGUGGCAGCCUGUGAAUCCAAUAAGCGGAGAAAUGUUGCCAUAGCUUUGAACAGGAAUCCUAUUUUUUAUGUUUCCUCUGAUGUGUGUGCGCGCACGCACAGUGGGCCCCAACCUUAUCUUCCAGUUUAGGAUAAUUAUAAUUACACAGGGUCAGCCAAAAGCAAACAAAUCAGUUAGUUUGCUCUGCGCAUUCAUCGUGCAACUUUACAUCUUCAAAUGUCACUUAGGUUAUUGUGGCGGUUACUUUCCUUGCGCACAUUCAAAGCUCUGCCUACACGCCGCUGGAUAAACGUUUCCCCCGGCAAUUAGGCAGUGGGGAUUUUAAUAAGCACUUGCAGUAUAGAGCUGUUAUGGGUAGAGGGAUACCUUUGAGUUUCCUGAGGUUGUGGAGGGAGUUGAUUAUUUUAUUGUGUGGGAUUCUUUUUAUUUCCAUGGUCUGCAGGUAGGUGUCACAAUUGCUUUGACUAUAAAGUGAGUAAGGACACCACCCUUUGGCCCCAUGUUUUAACCCCCAUAACCUUUACUUCAAACCGGAUCUAGUGCCACCAUAUAGUCAGAAUGAAAGCUGCUACCGCCUCCUCAGCUGCACACAGGCUGAGACUCUCUCUACAGCACAUGUUUGUCAGAUUACUAUUGUAUUAUUUCAGUUGUUUGUUGUAAAUGCAUUUGUGGGUAAUGAUUUCACAUUGUUUCCAAAAUAUCUCCCAUUAUAUGUGAUUUACAUGUUAUUUCUCAGGUUCCUAUAGUUUGCUUAUUUGCCACGGUAUAUUGUUUUAUUAUAUAUUCACGUGUGGAAAACAUAAUUUGGCCUUUCUGUGAAACCGUAUUUGUAAAAGGAGGACGCAAAGCGGACGGGACUGAAGUGAACUUGAAGACUUCAAAGUGGAAUAGCCUACAUUUGAUAUUUAUUUUUUUAAAUGAUGGCGAAAUGAUGCCUAUAAUUUAUGCAAGUUGUAUUGCAAAAAUGGGAAACUGACAUUGUCUGUUUGUUUUGUAAAUAUAUAUAUUAUGGACGGUUUUUAUUUGAGACGCAUUUGGGAAAAAGCUACACAAUCUUGUUAUCAGGAGUACUUUUACUAAUUUAUAUCUUUGAAUGUAAAUAAAAUAAACGCUGGUAAAGAUGUACUGGCGGAGUAUGAUAUUCAUUAUUCAAAGGAGAAA